AUGGGGCGGAAAGGAGGAAAUUUCCGCCUGAAACAAAUUCCGCCCGCUGCUUUGCUUUCGGCUCAAAUCCGCGAGCAGCCCACCAGGCGCCCUUGCAACUCGUGCAGCAGCAUGCGGGCGAGCUCCGGGCUGCGGCGGCCGGAGAAGCCGCCCUACUCGUACAUAGCGCUCAUCGUCAUGGCCAUCCAGAGCUCGCCCAGCAAGCGCCUGACGCUCAGCGAGAUCUACCAGUUCCUGCAGGCGCGCUUCCCCUUCUUCCGCGGCGCCUACCAGGGCUGGAAGAACUCCGUGCGCCACAACCUCUCGCUCAACGAGUGCUUCAUCAAGCUGCCCAAGGGCCUGGGGCGACCCGGAAAGGGGCACUACUGGACCAUCGACCCCGCCAGUGAGUUCAUGUUCGAGGAGGGUUCGUUCCGCCGCCGACCGCGCGGCUUCAGGAGGAAGUGCCAGGCGCUCAAGCCCAUGUACCACCGCGUGGUGAGCGGCUUGGGCUUCGGGGCCUCGCUGCUGCCCCAGAGUUUCGACUUCCAGAGCGCCAUCGAGUGCCACUCGCCCUACACGAGCCCAGGGGCGCAUUGGGGCUCUCCCGGCGCCUCGCCUUACCUCAAGCAGCCUGCCGCUCUGACGCCCAGCAGCAACCCCGCGGCCUCCGCAGGCUUGCACUCCAGCAUGUCCUCCUACUCGCUGGAGCAGAGCUACCUGCACCAGAACGCCCGCGAAGAGCUGUCAGUGGGACUGCCUCGGUACCAGCAUCACUCUACCCCAGUGUGUGACAGAAAAGAUUUCGUCCUCAACUUCAACGGCAUUUCUUCUUUCCAUCCCUCUGCUAGUGGGCCGUACUAUCACCACCACCAUCACCAGAGCGUCUGUCAGGAUAUUAAGCCCUGUGUCAUGUGAAUGGAGGGAGGCAGGCCAUGCCAAGGCCACUUUCUCCUUGGGGGGGGGGGGUGAACUGAGAUGGACUCACAUAAAGUGCACCCCACAGCUGUAAGUAGCACACCGUUCACUUAGAAUCCCCAGGCCUGUGUAUUCACUGACACUUAUCUACCAUUGGUAGAAGGACAAGCCCUGGCCUGGUAAUGUCCUAAAUGUGUGCAGGCUCCACUGAGGGGAAGAGCUGAGAGCUCAACUUCUUAGCGAAGAUGGUAAAAAGUUACCACAUGAAAAACGUAAGCAUGUAACUCUGGGAUCUUCAUUGCCUUCAGUAAUCAGGGUCUGAAAAAUGCAGACAAGUUGUCUGUGUGUUUUUCUUUGUCUAUAAAAAUGUAUGUGCUUUUCAAAAAGGCAGUGCUAAACGCAAGAUUUCAAGAAAGCUGCAUCUCAUUGCCUACCUAAGGAAGGAGUUCUGUUUCGCCAAACACUACCUUUGGAUAUAAAUGCCAAAGAACAGUAUUAAGAAAGUAUUUAGAAACAAUGUGUCUAGUUUAAGAACACGGUUUUCAGUAUUGUGACAAUACAACGUUUUUUACAAGGUUAUUUUCUACCACGGUAUUUUAAAGAUAUUUUUAUCUCAUGUAUACUCACACUUGUAUUUUAAAAGGAGGAUAUAUUUGCACUUAUGUAUACUUUUACAGUUUGCCAAACUAUUUUGAUGUAAAAUGUUUUCAAUAAAAUGUAUGUAACAAA